CCUGUUGUCACCCGCCAAGCACAGCACCAUCGUCCGCGUCAGAUAUUGAUGGCAUUACGAAAUUGACUUAAACUACGCCACAUCACACAUUUCGACAGAAAGAAAACCUCGUCGUCCUACGUGAGCCAUUUCUACAAUUCACAAUGGCCGAUGUCGAAGAAGGUGCAGGCGCUGCCGCUACUCCAGAGCCUCUUGAUCUGGUGCGCCUGCUUCUUGACGAGAUAGUGUUUGUCAAGCUGCGAGGUGACAGAGAACUGCAAGGCCGGUUACAUGCUUACGAUAGCCACAUGAACUUGGUCCUGGGGGAUGUGCUAGAGACUAUCUACAUCGUGGAUGAAGAAGACGAUGAUGAGGAUAUCAAGACAAUUACGAAAAAAUCCGAAAUGCUGUUUGUUCGAGGAGAUAGUGUCGUGCUCGUAUCACCGCACAAUUCGUCAUGAGAAGCACCAAAUGUAGAAGUCUUUAGGCGCUUAGCAAGACUGUGUUCAAGCUUUAGCUGGUCAGUCAGGAUGUGAUGCCUUGGGGGCAUCCAGCCGGAAGUAUGCCAUUGCAACCAAGAAUUGUUGCCACGGGCGAAGCGUGACGGCAAAUGAAGCUCACCAGUCCUCCCGAAAUAAAGGAUCGAGAUGGACGGGUAUCACGACUCCGCUGUGGCAGAGUCAAGGCAGCGAAGCGAUUCGACAUUAGUUCGGGCUGGCAUGAAGUAGACAGAUCACAGGCAGCUGUCAAUAUGCUCUACCCGAAUUCACAA